AUGCAGGACUCUCAGCCCGACCUCUCUAAUCGCGCGCUGGCGAAACUCGUGAACGUGCAGCCCUGCCAGAUCCGCGAAUGGAAGAAGUUGAGGGAGCGGCUAGAGGUCGCUUCCAACGGCCGCCGUUGCCUCGUGGGGCACGGGCGCAAGUCCAAGUACCCGUUCAUGGAACGGGCUGUCUACCGCCAGUUCCUGAAGCACCAGGCAAAGGGCCUUGCCGUCACGGUCAGCAUGCUCCAGAAGUGGAGCGCCAAGUACAUGAAGCACAGGAUGCCCGCAGUCAACUGGCGCGCUUCGUUCCGGUGGGCGACUCUUGACGACGAUCUCGUCGUCAACCCCUUCUACGCUGAAGUCCCCAUGCCGGCCAAGGAGCUGCAGGCGGCGGCACAGGAGGAUGACGCCGCCGAGGAGGACGCGGAGGCGGCGGCGGCAGAGGAGGAAGGGGUCGUGCUUGAAGAAUGCAGGGAGGCAGAAGAGCCCAGCAAUGACGAGUGGUGGCGCCCUGGCCUCUAUGACGGGGAAGAUUGUGAAGAGUGGUAG